AUGAAAAAGAAUGAUGUUUCCAGCAAUCAGUCUGCUGUUUCUUGUCCAAUAAAUAAUUCCCAAGACAGUCCCACCUCUGCUGUUAAGUCCUUAAAGGAACACGAAGCCAGUGUUACCAACAUUCCCAACAAAAUUGAUGAAGACAUAAAAAUUGUGAGUUAUACAAAAGCUAGAAAUUUCGUUGGGCCAGUGCCUGUCAAAAAUGAAAACCUGAUGAAGAACAAUACACGACUUCUCCCAGACAUUCAGAAUGGUGAAUGGUUAUCAGAUGAACAUAUUGACCAUGCACAAGGCUAUGCUUGCAAAACAAUCCCUGAUAUUGGUGGCUUGCAGGUUGUCUGCAUAUUUGCUCCCGAAGGUUGUCAGUGA